GACCAAUGGCACCUCAUCCUGGCUUACUUGAGGAGAUGAGAGAAAACCAGUAUGGAAUGGGUCACAGAGGCCUCCCCCUUCACCCUGCUGUUAUAGAGGAGCGUCUUGCAGCUCAACAUCAAGAACUUCAAGGCCUUCUUGCUGAUAACCAGAGACUAGCUGCUACUCAUGUUGCAUUAAAACAGGAAUUGGAAGCUGCCCAGCAUGAACUACAGCGAAUGGCACACUUUGCAGAAUCAAUGCGGAUGGAGAAGGAUGCUCAGAUGAGUGAAAUAUUUGAGAAGUCUGUUCGUUUGGAAGUGGACCUUCGUGGAGUAGAGGCUAUGCGAACUGAGCUUCCUAAGGUUCAUAAUGAUAUUAAGGAGCCUACUGCUGUUAGGCAGGAACUUACAGGGCAGGUUCAAUUGAUGAACCAAGAUUUGGCUCGACUUACAGCAGAUUUACAGCAAGGACCAGCUCUGAAGGCAGAAAUUGAGAAUAUGAAGCAGAAUUACAGCGUGCCAUGUACAUAUUAGCAUGAUUCUAAAGGAUACGCUGAGAAUUAUGAGCAUGGUCAGGUAAUGGAGAAAAAAUUGAUCUCAAUGGCUAGGGAGUUGGAGAAACUCCGGGCAGAGAUCGCUAAUGCUGAGAAGAGGGCCCGUGCUGCUGCUGCGGUUGGAAAUCCUGGUGCUGGUUAUAGUGCUAAUUAUGGAAAUCCAGAAGCUGGAUAUCCUGGAAAUCCUUACCCUGCUAGCUAUGCUAUGAAUCCUGGUCAGGUGGGUGCAGAAGGUUAUCCUCAGUAUGGACCUGUGCCUGGUUCUUGGAAUGGCUAUGAAAUGCAGCGAGCACAAGGACACCGAUAGAUGCCCUCAGAUUGUUCUAAGAUAUUUUACCUGGUAGCUAGGGCUGCAGCUUCUUAGAUCUAUAGGUCUGGGUUUGAACUAUUAUCUUAAGUCAGAAUUUUGAGAGAUUUUCUUGAUGAUCUGAGUAUGAAAGUUGUAUUAUAAAAUAUUUGACGGUUCAUGUUAACUUGAUGAUGAAGUAUGCUAUUAUUAGUUCCAUAUCUUGUUACUGCAAACAUUUGCAUAAUCGAGUGAAGCCUACAGUUUAGAAACUGCAA